GCAUAGCCGAGCGCGUUGUCAGUGUAGAAGGGAUAACAGAAGUGUUCACUUUGGUGGGACGUGCUCUCGACUAAGUCCGUGCGUUUACCUCUUGGGAAACGAUCUUAAUAUAUACAUAUAGAAGGAAGAAGAGAUCUACGUUCGCGCAGAGAAAGAGACGGAGUGUACGUUUGGGCUUUUCAAAUUGUGAUCAAUGCCGCUGACGAUCAACAAUUGAUUUAUUAAUAAUACUGUCUCAACUGAUCGUGUGCUGAAACGCAACGUACUGGAACUCACGCGCGUGAUUAAUAAUCAAUUCGAUUCGGAGGUUCACAGCAAAGAUCUAUCAAGCGAGUGCCUUACACAGAGCGUGAACAGAAAAAUGGAUUAUUCUUAUUUCAUGACGGACGUCUCCAAGCGCAGGCGGCCAGCCACAACGCGGGAGCUAACUAAAAUAGCGUACUCCGCGAAAAAAGAUACCAUUUCUUUGGCAGAGGGAAUGCCCAACGAAAAAACAUUCCCGUUCACGGAAAUUUCGGUUAAACUCUGCGACGGUACAUCCUUUACUCUCGAAGGCAGCGAGUUAGGUGCCGCUCUCCAGUACAUACCCACGCAAGGUUACCCUCCUCUGGUGCAGGCCCUGAGGGAAUUCCAGAGAAGGGCACACGCGCCGCCCUUAUGGGAGAGACGCGACAUAGUCGUCGUUUCGGGGUCUCAGGACGGGCUUAGCAAGGCUUUGGAGGCUAUAAUCGGCACUGGUGAUCCGAUUUUGGUCCCCGACCCUUUCUAUCCUGGCGUCGAAGUUGUGAUAGCACCGCACAAAGCGGAGUUUCUAAUGAUCCCGCAAGACGACGACGGUCCCAUUCCGGAAAUACUUCGGGAAACUCUGAUAAAACGGGAGCUUUCCGGAGGAAAAAUGCCGAAAGUAAUGUAUAUAAACGCUACUGGCACGAACCCUACCGGCAUCAUUAUACCUCUGGAAAGACGAAAAGAGAUCUAUAGGAUAGCCUGCGAGUACAACUUCUUACUUCUCGACGACGAUCCUUAUCAUUUCAUGCAUUUUGACAAGGAAGAGCCUAAGUCUUUCUUAUCGCUCGAUACGGAAGGUCGGGUAAUUAGAUUGGACUCAUUCUCGAAAGUGAUCAGCAGUGGCAUCAGAUUAGGCUUUCUGACCGCCGCAGCUCCGCUGAUAGCCAGCGUAGAGCUCCAUUUGCAGAGCAGCCAUCUCCAUGCUCCUACCUUAUCGCAGGUAAUAAUGUACAAGCUGUUGAAGACCUGGGGUUACGAGGGCCUCAUGCAACAUUACAUGAAACUAAGGUGCUUCUACAAGGAACGAAGGGAUGUUAUCUCAGAAUUAGCACACAAGCAUUUAAACGGUUUGGCGGACUUUAGCGUACCAAAGGGUGGAUUCUUUUUAUGGAUUAAAGUACGAGGAAUCAAGAAUACAUGGAAGAUGAUAAUGCAGCAAGGUGUAAAGAGUGGCGUUAUUAUGGCGCCAGGAGCCGCAUUUAUGAAAGAUUCCACGAAAUCCUGUAACGCCAUCAGGGCAAGUUUCACCAAAGCUUCCCGUGAAGAAAUGGAUCUGGCACUGAAGAGAUUGGCGGAAUUAAUUCGAAAAGAGUUAAGCAACAAUUACAUCGAAAAUAUCGACACGUGAUAAUAUCUUUGUACAUAAAUAUAUUAUCGACAAAUAAUAUAUUUGUACAUGACUACACGGUUUGAUAGCGAAGCUAACAAUCAACAGUUGGUAAUAAAAUAGAGGGAUAGACUCGAAAGAUAUUAUCAAUUAAGUGAAUUGUUGAAUGUUAAGCGGUAAAAGGAAAUGUUUCAAACAAGCAUUGCCAUAAGGAAAACUAGACCGGUCCUGUCGAGCCUCUUCGACGCUGCGCAUGCUAUUAGUCUCACCUCGCACGUUCCUAUUGUCUUCUUGCUCGAUUUUAUAUUUUCACGCUUGCUCACAUACCGUCUAUGUUUCAAUUAUAAGAUCGUCACACUUUUAACUUAUUGUUAGAAAUGUAUAUUAUCAUCUUAUCACACAUUUAAUAUGUUUAUACAUAUACAGUAAGUGUAUCAACAUUAGUUGUAUUUGAGUUAUAUAAUGUGGAAUACUUAUUUACGAUUACAAUUGUAUUAUUUAAUACAAUAAAAAAAGUGAAAAUUAA